GUUUGAAAACCAGCUGAUAUCUGGGAGAUAUUAAGCUACUUAAUACCUUUCUCUGUAGCUAGAUAUUUAGUUAUUCAAACGGAACCAUUCAAACUAUGGUGUUGUGGCACGAAGACAGCAGUUUUGGUGUGAACAUUGCAAAGUCUUGUUGUAGUUUAUACAGUAAGAUUGGCAAGAAAGGGAAACCUCAACAUAACAAGGAAUGGACAUUAUUGUCAGCUGUUAUACAAGUGAAUCAACAAGGUGAACACUAUACGAGUGAUAUUGUUGCUUUGGGAACUGGAUCCAAGUGUAUUGGUCAAAAUAAAAUGAGUGCUAAAGGCGACAUCAUUAAUGACAGCCAUGCCGAGAUUAUUGCAAGACGAGGGUUUUUAAGGUAUUUAUACCAGGAAGUCAAGCAUGCUUAUGAUGGUAGCAGUUCUAUCUUCAGUCUGUGUCAUGAUAGUAAUCUGUGUCAAUUAAAAGAGGGAAUUUCAUUUCACCUGUUUACUUCUCAUACACCAUGUGGUGAUGCUUCUAUCUUUCCCAAAUCAAAAGAUGARUGUCAAGAAACUGUSCAACAAAAAGRAACCAACAUGUAUACAUGCAUUYCRUCACAAGAUAACAAUUGCACAGGACAGAUGAAAAGAAAACAUUCAAGCUCAAGAAGUUUWCCUGUCAUGUCUAAGAAAUCAUGCCAAGAUGAAAUAGUUAUUUCUUCAGAGAUCUUGACAGAUAAUGACAAAGCUCAUUAUUCUUGUCAAGACAGCAAAGACAACAAUGGGCUGUUGCCACAAGCCUUAACUGAGAAUAUUGUUAAUGAAGAGAAUGUAAGUGACAUCACUAAAGAUCCUUUAGCUGYAAGAGAUACCACUAACUAUGCAAACAGCAAGAUUUGUAGUAGUAGUAUCAAUAAUGGUAAUAUUUUGGAUGAUAUAUAUAGAACUGGAGCUAAAUGUGUAACUGGUGAACCUGAAGACCCUUUAGAACCAGGGGCUGGUUACCAUACAGUAGGUGUGCUACGCACCAAGCCUGGGCGUGGAGAUCCAACCUUAUCCAUGUCUUGCAGUGAUAAGAUAAUGAAGUGGAAUGUACUUGGUUGUCAAGGAGCUCUGCUGUCCCAUUUUUUACUUUCUCCCAUCUACUUUUCCUCUAUUGUAGUAGGRAAGUGCCCAAGUGACACUGAAGCCCUUGAAAGAGGUCUUUACAAAAGAGCUUUGGAAAAAAUAGAUGAAUCUAGRUUAUUAGAGGGGUUUAGAAUUAAURAACCAAGAAUAAUAAAUACAAAAGUAGAUUUUAUAGACAGCAGGCAGUGUCUACAAGAACGAUUAGGAAUGGAUGUAAAAAUAUCUCCAUCAUCUGCAGCCAUAGUUUGGAUCAAAUCACCACUUAUUUAUGAGGUGGCAGUGAAUGGAAUAAAGCAAGGGAUAACAAAAGCAUCUUUAAGAUCACCAAAAUCAAGAUUAACAAUUUGCAAGGCAAGCCUUUUGUACAGCUUCAAAUCUAYACUGGCAAGUCUUGAUAAGACUAAAGUUCCCCUUACUCUCAGGUGACAAAACUGUAACUUUGCCAACCUAUUGUUCUGAUAAUGUCAACAGUCUUUAUUUUUAGAAGGUACAUUUUCCCUUAUCACAUGACAUUCACACAAUGCAUGUUAUCAUCACCUUCAACUGGCCAUCAUGUAAGGGCUGAUGUUAUUAAUACCUACCCCAUGAAGAGAUAAUAUAUUCUUUUGUUCUUGCACAUAAGGAUUUGUUCAUAAACCAAUGUUUUGGCAUGUACUUUAAAUUAUAUUCAAGUGUUCUAAUAAAUACAUAAUAAAUUAGAUAAAGACAAGAGGUAUUGUAAUAUAAGUCAAUUUUAUUUUUUUAUAUACUUUCAUAUACAGGGAAACUUCACUAUGGACUUAUCCUGACUUCAAGAAAGCACCAAGAAAGUACCAUGAUGCAAGACAGGUUUUCAUGGAAUCUUUUCCUUCAUGGUCAUACAAACCAGAGUUGUUUUAUCAUGCUUUACAAUAAAAUUCCWUAUCAAGAGA